AUGUGUAUCAUGAGGACUUAUGAGACGCGUGGACGCACUGUCGUCGAGCCACCUCCACGACGCGGAAACUUCACCUCACACCCACCAGCUGGUGUUAUGCGCUUGCCACGUGAAUGGCGCCGUACAGAGAGCAUCAGCGAUGACGGUCGCUACGUUGAGUACAGAUCACGAUCACGACCUCGAGUCAUCGAGUACUAUGAGGAGCCACGCCGCAGCACCACUCGCCACAGGAGCGUGUCAAGGCGUCGCGUAACUGAUGUUGAGCGCAGGACGCCCAGAACAAGCUACAUAGACCCACGUGACAGCUAUGUCGACGAACGCAUUACCAGGAGAAGUGUGAGUCGGGUCAGGCACUGA